CCCGUCAGUCGACACCAACUUUUCGUCUGCUACAGUUCGCGAGCGGUCAGUAGACGCCAUUGGUCGUUUUUCGUGUUUAUCGUGGUUAUUAAUUGUGUGAAAUCGGUAUUGAAUAUAAAACAUCAGUUUUUUGGGGUUUAAUUACAGUGUUUAAAAUACAAGCAAAAUUGUUUCACUGUUGUGAAGUGUGAGUGUUAGUGAAGUAUUUGGAGAGAAAAUAACCUAGUUGCUGGUGGGGUGUUGUUUUUGUGUUAUCAAGUUACAACAGCAGUAUUUAUAAGAGUGGAUAAAUAAGGAUUUAAAAUUCCAGAAUGCCUGUAAGAAAACAAGAGGCUCACCGCGCCUUGGAGCUCCUGGAGGACUAUCACUCGAAGCUGAUCAAGCCUCAAGACAAACAGCUGCGGCUCGCCAUCGAGAGGGUUAUACGAAUCUUCAAAUCCCGCCUCUUCCAAGCUUUAUUAGGUAAAGCUGUUUUCUCCGGUAUUACAGUUCCUGUAUGGUAAGAUCAAUCCAUUUGCAUCUGGGUUUUUGGGAUUUGGGCUUGGCUUUGGAUGGUGAAAGGGAGCUUAUUUCAGACACAUUUCCUGUCGUGAUCAGCACGAAUGUUUCAUUACGCCAUUUGUUCAUUUAAGUACACUAGUACUUGUUUAUUGUGUAAUUUUGACAAACGUCGAUUUCUUAUCAUAAACAAGUUAUAUGCAUAAAGUUUCUCAGAUAUUUAUAAAGUUACGUUUACGUUAUUUAAAGAGAAAAUAUUUAUUGUCGAACAAUACUGCUUCUUUUGAAUAAAAAAUCUUGUAUGGUUUAAGGUAAUCGUCCAAGAGAUUCUAACGUAUCGAGAUUAUCACCGUCCAGUUUUCUACUUGUGGGUUAUAAUCGAUUCUUUAAAAUAUUUAAAGUAUAUCUUUAUACCGUAUAUAUUAAUAAAUUAUAGUUUACCGUGGAUUAGUAUAUAGUGUUUUUGUAACUAAUAGUUUACUAAAUAUUUUACAUAUUUGUAUUUGAUCACAAAAGGUCAACUUUUAACAUUAGAAAUCUGGAAGUGAGUUGAUUUUUGUUUAUAUAAAAAUUAAGCUAAAAGUAAAUGUUACACUAGCGAUCAGCAGGAGUAAUGAACUCAAUAACAACACUUAAACUCUCUUUAAUUAUGACGUAAAACUUACAGUUCCUUACUAAUCGUAUAUUAUCUCUUACUAAAUAAAUUUACAUAGUAACAUAAAGUUAAUUGUGCUUUGCUUUCUGCUUAAAUAGGCUUAAAUGUGGAAUGCUGUUUUAGUAGUAAUUUAAAUUGUAUAUUGAGUAUCUUCUAUAGUUUCUAAUUGCAUUGUCGGCUUUUAUUUGCUUUUGCAUGGCUUUAGUAAGAUUGAUCUUUUUAGCAUUUUUUGGUUUUCUAUAUAGCCAAUUCCACCAUGACAUACAGUUUUCAAAAUACAAAGUGUUCUAUUUAUUUCUUAUAUACCUAUGUAAAUAAGCCCAUAUUCAAGUUUAUUUACUAGGUAAAAUAUUCUUUCCACAAGAUGAGUCAAUUGUGAAAUAGUUAGGAUUAUAAUUGGCAUAGUGUCUAUUUUCGGAUAGUAUUUCUUCUCUGAUUACAAUUAAUAGUUUGGAUUGAAAUCGUUAAUGGAAAAGCUUUCGAUUAAUAUAAAACAAUACAUGUCAAAAUAUCUAAUUCCGGCCCAAAAAGAUCUCAAAUUUGUUUCAACACAUUGUCACAAAAGAUGCUACGAGAAAAUGUUCAUACAUAAGAAAAGUUGAUACACUUUAGUUUUUCGAGAUACUGUUAUUUCAAUUGUUGCUGUUAUAUAGAAAUGUUGUGAAUUACAUUUUGUUGCAUAAGGGUACUCAGCAACUUGUCACCAUCUUGUCUAAAAGGCUUUGGCUUACGCAUCAUACGUAAUUGUAUAAUGUAUUGUAUCAGAAAGGAAGUUGUCUGAAAAUCUUAUUUUGCUUGAUGUUAUUGAUGGAUUUCAAUGCCUGUAAAGGAAGUUGAAUGUUAACGGUUUGAAGCCCCUAUAAAUCAGUCCCAAGGCCGUCUGUUUUAUUUAUCACCAACUUAAACAGUCGGUUUAUAUCUUAUUUCAUUUAUCACGUUUGUUGAAUUAAUGCUUUAGGUACAAAACGCGCUUCUCUCUAAAUGUAAACACAAAGAAGAAAUUAAAACCAUUCAUUGGCAUCAAUCCACUUCUCCUGAACGUUCUCAUUACAAAUAUUUCAAAGUAGCUGUAAUGAAUUAUAGUUACCGCCUGUACGGAGAGCAUAACAUUUGUCAUGUUGUAUGAUUGAUAUUUAUAGGGGGUAUGUUUUUGUAAGUGAACUUUCUUAAAUGAUCAUUGGACGAUCCAAAAGAUUUUCCUUCAAUGAAUAGUUCAUUAACACAGUUCAUAAAGCAUGAUACUUUGAAGCAACCCUACAUAUAUGAAACAUAAUCGAAUUCGUAAUUCUCAAUAGAGGUUAGGUUUUAAGAAAAUUGAACUAUAAAAAUGGUUUGAUAUAUUUUCAGCAAACUUGCACACCUAAUUGUAACCCCAAGUAUGUGUCGAGAUGUUUCUGUACUUUGGAUAAAAUCAACGCAGUACACGUCAUAGGUGUCCACAACUGAAACAUAGACGCGUGGUGAACCUUAGAACACAACAGUAAACACACUUUCUAAUAUCUGGGGCAUUUACUCAGUCGACGAGUACAUGUCGAACCGCAGGGAAUUGUAAAAACUCCUACUCCGAAAUAAAACAACGCCGUAACAUUUACAUUUUCCGUUCGUUUCUGCCAUUUAUUGCUUGUAAAAGACGUUUAGAAAUUUGAAUUUCAACAUUGAGAAAAUUAUAGAAAAAGUUAUACAAUAGUAAGUUAUACUGUUUUGAAGUUUUUUAAAUGUAAAAAUAUUAUUUAAAAUUAAAUUUAAAAAAAGUUUUGUUUACUGGUUAAACGUAUCCAUAAAACACCUGAUUUCUUACUUUGUAGUUAUUUUUGUGUUUUACGCACAUUUUUAGCUUUGAAAAAGGUUUCAUUUGGUUCAUUGAUUUUGUUAAGGUUUAGUUACAUUAAAAAAAGGUUUAUUAAUGCCUUAAAGGAAUUGUUUUGAAGUAAAAAAUGUCGAGUGGCUCACCAGUCAAAUUGCUAGCAUGUUACUGUAGUGAUAUUAGUAUGCUUGUGCUUGUAAAAUCUUUUCGCAUCUUGUAUAAUUUUGUGCUUUUGGUUGCCUGCCUACUAAUAUAUUGCCUGCGCAAAGCUCAUUAAAGUUCAUUUUCUAUUAAAAAUAUAAGUAGUUAUUGCACAGUAAGUCAAUUAUUAUGUUUAGUUGUUUUAUUUUGUGUUUUGGAAUAAAUACUUUUAAUUUUCUGUUGGUUUUAUUUGAUUCCUGCAAAGCCUUUUCCUGGAUUGAUAACAUACCUAGAUUAAAAUAAUUGCGCAUUUGGUAUUAUUGUUUUAUUUCUUCCUACUUUGUUUCCCUGAAAAACCCCUAGUAUCCUAGAAAAUUAAAGGACGACAUUUUCUUUUCCUUGCUAGCCCUUUUCCAUCAUUAGUUCAUUGAUUUCUACGUUUGGCCAGUUUGCUAUUCACGCUGCGUUCUCUGUACAGUGCCACCGCCUCUGUCCUAGCAAUCUGUGUCAAUACAAGGUGCAUGGUCUGAAUAACAAAUGAAAUUACUGUUUGUUAACUGCAUGCGAUGCUUUGUUCUUUUGUUAUCAGUAGUCAGACUGUACACAUAUUGAAAGUAGUGUUCUAUGAAAUACCAAUAUAAAAUUUAUUAUUUUCGUUGUUCCAGAACAUGACAUUGUAUUACUCAAUAAACCAAAUUCAAAG